AUGGAGGACACUGGCGGCGAUCUCACGCCGGAGCGAUCUCUGGACGAUGAGGCCACCAUGGAGCUGCCCCCAGGAUCCUGGCAAUACCUCCAGAAUCUUGCUUCCUUUGGACUUCCGGUCAUGGACUACUUUGGCGAUGUCUACUAUAGCACUGCCAACGAUUGCCCCAUCCCAGAGCUGCCGCUCGGAGUCCAGCAAUACCUCCAGGGUCCCGCUUUCUUCGGUUUUCCCGUCACGCACUAUUUUGGGAAUACCUACUAUAGUGGCAACGACAGGAUCGCUAUCCUUCCCAAUGCAACAGUAGCAACUUUUUACCCGGCUGCAGCCCAUGAUACUGCGAAUGCGACGGAAAAUGCUAACGAUAAUUGUACAGCUCCAUUCGAAGGCAAGGCCUACACAUCACAGGAUCUGUCCUCCAUGGGAUUUCCUGAGUUGGAAAAUGCUCACAUCGGCGUCGAGGCCACGAGCUACCUGCAAAACAUGAUCGACAAGCCACCUGCACACGAGCCCUUGUUGGCGGCCUUAGGGGGCGAUCCAAUGACCUUCAAACAGCAUAUCGAAGAUGAAUUGGACUUAUGGAAGCAGCAUAACAUGACACCAAUAUUUGUAUUCGACGGACAAGCAAGUGUUGGAAAGGAUGAAAUAGCUUUGGCCAAGGCUAAGGCUGCUCUGGUUCAGACACAGCGCGCGUGGGAACUUUACGGAAACAAUCAUCCUGAUGAAGCAGUCAAGGCCUUUGGGGCAUCUGGUGCUGUACGCCCCCAAGACCUAUACAGGAUCCUUCAAGAGGUUCUUGCGGAACGAGGCUUGGAUUUUGUUAUUGCUCCCUUCAGCGCUUGUUCUCAGCUUGCGUACCUCGAGUCACUAGAAACACAGUACAUCGAUGGUAUUAUGGGAUCUCAAGAGCUGCUCCUGUACGACAUUUACGACUGUGUCAUACUGCCUCCUUCAGCCUCUGACUGGGAGAACCAGAAGUUCACUGGGAUCUCCAAAUCAGCCAUCACCAAAAAGCUGAACGUCACGCCUGAGACGCUGUCUGAUGCCCUUCUGAUGAUUGGUACAUCGUUCCUCCCUGCCUUCCCUCCCCUCCAAGACCGUGAAAUCAUCACUCAACAACCAUUUACUAUUAAAGAUGCUGCCAACCUCCUGAGAACGUCUGAGAAGUCCGUCACCACUACUUGCGCUGCUUUCAAUGACAUCCUUCAACUCCGGGACCCCAAUUGGCUUGACAAGUUCCGGAAAGCAAAGAUGGGCGUCAAGCAUUGUGUAGCCGUACAAGAAGAUGGGAUUAUCCGUAUCAGGGAUUUCGACCAUCUCACCUCCGAUAACGUUGAAUACCUUGGCCUUCAAUUGCCGCCCGAAUUAUACCACUACCUCUCCAAAGCUUUGAUUGGACCUAGAGUCAUGAAUAGCCUGAUCUCCCUCAAAGCUUUGGUGUUGCCAUCCCUCGAUGGCACUAUUUCGGAUGAGUACCGCCGUCUGGUGACCCGUUCGCUCGUUCCGUUGAAGGAAACUGCAGCCGCCUUGGUUGUCUCCAGAAUUCACCGAGCCUUCCUACACAAGGAUAUUAUACUAAAGUUCUGGUUCGAUGACAGCUUGAAAGAAACCCUGAUACCUCGCAACCUUCAACCGCAAACAAACCAACAGGCAGAUACUUGGGGUGUGAAGGAUGCAGAUAUCAAAGCGCUCGAGGCUGCCGUAGGAUCUUCACCCGGAACGCUUUCAUUUGCUGUGCUUUCACUCCAGCAGAAAGACUUUCCCCCCAAAACUAUCUCCAAGGAUAAAGUUGCCGAUCUCAACUCCAAGUCAGAAAUUUUGUCCAAUGUCCUAUGGCGCCUUCUCCAUCUUCGAGGCUACGUCAACGAUAAGCACGAAUUAACAAGCUGGGGCAGGGCCCUUGGCACUGCGCUGAAGUCUGUCAAUUCCGCGACGAAAGCUCACAAAGAUAUUCAUCACGUUGAAGAGGCCGCAUUUCUGGCCUUUGAACUCCUUCGGCUUGACAAUCUCAACUCCCGAAACCGCCAUCCUGAGCUAAUUGGCGGGGCCUUGCGAGGGUCCGAGGAGGACAAAGAAAGCUGCAUGCUUAUUGGACGAGCAUCAUGCCUUCUCAAGCUUCGGCAUCGCAAUGUUGGUUAUACGGGGCCCCUGAGCAAAAACCUACUCGCGUUCCAUUCAAUCAUUAAAGCUGUGAGAGAAACCGAUCGAGAUCUGGUUGAAGCUGCAGCCGCGUCGAUGUUCUUGAACAGCCAAGCCAUCCGUGCCCGGGAUGAUUAUGGAGAGCUGGGUCGAAGUCUUCCAUUUUCAGCGGAUGUUGAUAUCGCGCUUGGAAUCGCUGUGAAAACCUAUCUGGAUGAUUUUGUCAAACUCGACCUCUCACCAGAGGAGAGAAAUGCCGACAAAGCUAAAUAUUCUGAAAAGUUCCUGCCUCAUGGUGUGGACUUUGCAGAAGAUCUAGAGGUCGCAUUCCGCUUCUUUGAUGCCCUCUAUGAAGGAGUCAAAACAUUGGGCGAUGAAAUUGGCGAGGCAGAUAGGAAAGCAUGGGAUGAUGCCAGCGCCUAUUUGGCCCUGAGAAGAUAG